UUCCCAGCUCCGAGAUGUGCUCCAGACAAAGCUCCGGGGGCUGCCACGGGAUGUCCUCCCAGUCCAGCGGGUGCCACAGCGGGGGCUCCUCGUGCCACGGGGGCAGCUCCUCCAGCUUCCAGUCCCAGGGCUCCUCCUGCUGCGGGGGCUCCUCUGGCUAUGGCAUGGGAGGAGGGUACGGUGGUGGGUCCUCGGGAGGCAAGGUCAUCAUUGCAGGAGGAAGCAGUGGAGGGUCCUCUGGAUGCUGCAGUGGAGGAUCCAGCGGUGGCUGCGGGAUGGGGGGAGGAUAUGGUGGUGGAUCUUCAGGAGGCAAGGUCAUAAUUGGAGGUGGAGGUUCCAGUGGAGGAUGUUCAGGCUACGGGAUGGGAGGAGGGUACGGUGGUGGAUCUUCAGGAUCAAAGAGCAUCAUUGUGGGUGGAGGUAGUGGUGGAGGUUCCUCUGGAUGCUGCAGUGGAGGAUCCAGCUAUGGGAUGGGAGGAGGGUACGGCGGUGGUUAUGGUGGUGGCUCUUCAGGGUCAAAGACCAUCAUUGUAGGUGGAGGCAGUGGAGGAUGCAGUGGUGGCUAUGGCAUGGGAGGAGGGUAUGGUGGUGGAUAUUCAGGAUCGAAAAGCAUCAUUGGAGGUGGAAUCAGUGGGGGUUCCUCUGGAUGCUGCAGUGGGGGAUCCUCAGGAUAUGGAAUGGGAGGAGGAUACGGAGGUGGUUCCUCAGGAGCAAAGGUCAUAAUUGGAGGGGGAAGCAGUGGUGGAGGUUCCUCAGGAUAUGGGAUGGGAGGAGGAUACGGUGGUGGUUAUGGUGGUGGAUCUUCAGGAUCAAAGGGCAUCAUUGUAGGUGGAGGUGGUGGAGGUUCCUCUGGAUACUGUGGUGGAGGGUCCAGCUAUGGGAUGGGAGGAGGGUAUGGUGGUGGAUCUUCAGGAUCAAAGACCAUCAUUGUGGGAGGAGGCAGUGGAGGUUCCUCUGGAUACUGUGGUGGAGGAUCCAGCUAUGGCAUGGGAGGAGGGUGUGGUGGGGGUUCUUCAGGAGGGAAGAUCAUUGUGGGAGGCGGAGGAUCCUCUGGAUGCUGUGGGGGAGGAUCCGGGGGCGGCUCCUCAGGCCAGACCAUCAUCAUCAGCUCUGGAGGGUCCUCCCAGUCCUCCCAGCAGAAGUGCCCCAUCGCCAUCCCCAGCAUCGUGUCCCACCAGAGCAAGCAGAGCUGCUGCUUCCCCUCCGGCCAGAAGUGA